UUUAGAUUUUUUUUUUCUUUUAUCUAUUUUUCUUUUAUUAUUAUUAUUAUUUUCUUUUGAUAUAUAAAUUAUGUCAAUGUUGAAUCGUUCUUUGACUAGUACCAUAAAGAUGUGCCAAUGGACAUCAAUUGCACGUCCUACAACUAUCAACCUUUGUGAAUCAGCCUCUGUAUCAAACCAAGUACGAUGGGCUUCAAAGAAAUCUGGAGGUUCAUCUCGAAAUGGUCGUGACUCUGCUGGUCGACGUCUUGGUGUCAAGAAAUUUGGAGGACAACAAGUUGUACCAGGCAAUAUUAUUGUUCGUCAACGAGGUACAAAGUUCCAUCCUGGUGAUCAUAUUGGUAUGGGUAAAGACCAUACUUUAUAUGCUUUGGAAUCUGGAUACGUACAAUUUUAUAAGGAUCCUGAACAACCUAAACGACGUCUGGUUGGUAUUGUCUUCAACCGUGAUGAUAUGCUUCCUAUUCCUGCUGGUCAACCAAAACCACGACGAUUUGAUUUGGUAGAUUUGACAACUUUAUAGAUUUAGAUCCCCCCCUUGUUUUUCACAUGUACUCUUUUCUCUGACAUCCUUUCAUUAUUUGCUCUUUUAUUAUUAUUAUCACGCAUGUUAUCAUAAUACAGACCUUAUUUGUAUAUAUCAAUAAACGC